CUACACUGCAGCAUUGACACUUUCAGGGAGUGCUGAAGCAAGCACACUGUUCCUCAUGUUCCCAGUAAAUUCUAUUAGUUGGAACUAUGGAUCUUAAAAGUACCUUCUGUGUGGAUUACACAGGAUCAGUGCUUCAGAAACUAAUCUACAUCAUUCUGAUGAUACUCUGCCACAACAUAAAUAGUCACCUGGCCAUAGAACUGGAAUAUAAAGUGCAAGAGAAUGAAAGUGAAGGAGUUUUUAUUGGGAACGUAGCCAAAGAUAUACUUUUGACAUCAGCUACUGCCUGUGGUUCACUAGCUUACAAAUUCAUGAAAGAAAUGGAUUAUGUAAUGCUCAAGCCUGAGAGUGGGGAGCUAUAUACAACCAAGCAGAGAAUCGACAGAGAAACCUUAUGCCCAGUCAAAUUCCGAGGUGAUCCUUGUGUCCAACAAGUCAAUGUGGUUAUUCUGUGUGCUGAUCAGUAUCUGCAAAUGGUGAAGGUUAAGAUAGUCAUCCUGGAUGUCAAUGAUAAUGCACCGUAUUUUGCAGAACAAGUGAUGAAACUCUCUAUUCCAGAAGACGCAGCUACAGGUACAUCAUUUGGAAUUGAUUAUUAUGCAAUUGACAAUGACACUGGAGAGAAUAGCAUUAACCAUUACUAUCUUGAAAAUAGCCAAAAUGUUUUCGGUUUGAUCGAUUAUGAAACACCCGCCAUUGUUGUCCAGCAACCAUUAGACAGGGAGGUGAAGGACUUGUAUGAAAUGAAAAUCGUGGCCGUGGAUGGUGGUGUACCCCCUUUAUCUGGAACAGCCACACUUCUGAUCAACAUUCAAGACAUUAAUGAUAACUGCCCUGUUUUUAAUGCAUCAGAGUUUGAUAUUCAGAUUCCUGAAAACAUGUCCUCCAAUAGUGUGGUGACACAGCUACAUGCUGUCGAUGCAGACCUAGGCCCUAAUGCUGAAAUCACCUAUUCUUAUGGCAAUCGUGUUCAGGAUGUAUCCAGAAAACUGUUUACCUUAGAUAGUGCCACUGGGCUUAUCAUAUUUUCUGGAAAUAAAAGUCCAGAGAUACCUCCUAUACAUAAACUUACAGUAUUGGCUAAUGGUCCAGGCUGUGCCCCAGCUAUAGUUCAAAUUACAGUGUCUGUCAUGCACAACAGCAAAUACAGUCCAAAGUUGGAGAUCAGCUAUAUAGCUAACCAGGCAGAUGGUGUGAUUUACCUGAAGGAGACUGCACCUGAAAAUACCCCAAUUGCUCUCCUCGAGGUAACUGACCCAGAUCAUUAUUUAAAAGGGACAAUCUAUAUCAGCGGCAAUGUGCCUUUCUAUUUAAAACCUUAUGAAAGGUCAAGAAAUAAGCAUCUUGUCGUCACAUCACAGCUUUUAGACCAUGAGCUUGAAAACCAAUAUAAGAUUGUAAUUAAGGCAGAAGAUCCUCGUAGUCUUCAUGAACUAACAAUACAUGUUAAGAUUAUUGAUGAAAAUGACAACUCCCCAGAAUUCUACCAAAGCUCCUUUGAGGCUUCCAUUGAGGAAAACAACACACCUGGAGCUUUUUUACUGAAGAUCUCAGCAACAGAUGCUGACAGCGGCAAGAACGGGGAAGUGACUUACCACUUGGGACCUGAUGCUUUACCCAUCUUUUCAAUUGAACAACUCACAGGCAAUGUAACAGUGUCCACCGCCCUGGACAGGGAAAAAGAGAAACUGUACAGGUUUUCUGUUUCUGCUGUUGACCAUGGAAUUCCUCCUAGAAAGAGGAGCACUAUUGUAAUCAUUCAUGUCUUGGACCAGAAUGAUAACAUACCCUCCUUCCUCACCAAUGACUACACAUUCUUUAUCCCAGAAAACUUCCCACGACAUGGCGAAAUUGGAGUCAUCAAUGUAACAGAUUUGGAUGAAGGGGCUAAUGGUGAUGUUACUGUGUCUAUCCUGAGUAGUAGCAGUAAUUUUUUAAUGGACAACACCAGAGGAAUCUUACGUUGCAAUUCUUCAGUCGACCGAGAGAAAAAUACUAUGCACGUAUUCUGGGUUGAGGCAGUGGAUGGUGGGAAACCACCUCUUUCCGCAACAGCAAAAAUAACUGUAUUUGUUCUAGACAUAAAUGAUAAUCCUCCAACUGUAUUACUUCCUCAGUCAAACAUAUCAUGGCUUCUUGUGCCCCCUAACACACCCCAAGGAACUGCAGUGGCUGAGAUUUAUGCCAUUGACUAUGAUGCUGGCAUUAAUGCCGUCAUGACUUACACUAUUGUUGGGAGGAAUGGUCCAGCUCCUCAUGUGUUUGGAAUUAAUACAGCGACAGGAAACAUUACAUUGCAAGAGAAACUGUUGAGCAAAGACUAUGGCUUGUAUCAACUACUCGUAAAAGUCAGUGAUCUUGGACAGCCCCAACCUCUCCAUUCCACAGUAAUGGUCAAUUUGUUUGUCAAUGAGACUGUGAGCAAUAAAAGUUACUUGGAAGACUUGUUGCACAGGCGAACUGUUUUCACAGAAGAAGUGCAAACUGAAUCAAAUCCAUGUCCAUUAUUACAGACAUUAGACAUCCCCUGUUCCCCUCCAAUCAUUCCCAUUGCAAUCACAAUGAUUAUUGUCUCUGUUAUUUUCUUUACUAUUUCUCUUUGUAUGCUUCUAAGCAUGAGAAAGAAAAGUAAAAAAAAAGAACUUUACAUAGAUGCCCAGAUACCAUUAAAAAUAAAUCUUGACUACUAUACAAAAGACUGGAAUGAUGAACAGUUGUAGAACUCAAAAACUUGUUGAACAAAACACACGAAAGACUGCAGUAAGCAUAUGAAGAAUGGCUUUGUAGUUUACUUAAAAAUAAACUGCAUUUCAAGAA